CCAGGAGAAGGACCGAGCCUCUUGUGUAUAUGGGCCCCCGCCUGGCCGUCAGCCCGCAGCAGCUUCGCGUGCUCGUGCCGCCGCUAGUCGCCACGAGCUACAAGGGCUCGUCCGGCAAGGUCGGCGUGGUCGGAGGCUGCUUCGAGUACACCGGAGCGCCGUUUUACGCUGCUCUGACGGCGCUCAAGCUCGGGGCCGACCUCUCCCACGUCUUCUGCGACGAGGCGGCGGCGGUGCCGAUCAAGAGCUACUCGCCCGAGCUCAUCGUGCACGGCUGCCUACGCGGCGCGCCAGAGGUGGACCUCGCCGAGGUGGCACGCCAGGCAGACGAGGUCUCGAAGUGGUUCCCUGCGCUGACGGCGCUUGUCGUCGGCCCCGGCCUCGGCCGCGACGCGACCAUGCAGGCGGUGGCCGCCCUCCUCCUCGAGCGCGCGGUGCGCGCCUCGCUGCCGUGCGUUAUCGACGCCGACGGGCUGCGGUGCGUCCUCGAGCGCCCCUCGCUCGUUCGCGGCGCAAGAUGGGCGGUGCUGACGCCGAACAAGCCAGAGUAUGGCCGGCUGGCGGGCGCGCUGUCGGGAGACGCGGCGCUCGACCCGGCCGACGGAGAUCGCGCCCUCCUCGCGGUGGCGGAGUCGUUCCGAGACGAGGGAGGGGCGGGCCCGGCGAUCGUCCAAAAGGGGGCGACCGACCUGCUGUGUGACGGCACGCAGCUACUCGAGUGCGCCGAGCCAGGCUGCCUCAAGAGGUGCGGAGGGCAGGGCGACGUCCUCGCCGGGAGCAUCGCAACGCUGCUCGGCUGGGCAAAGGCAGCGGAGCGGAGCGGCAGGCUGCCUGCCGGCGGGCCGCCGCCGCCGCUGCUCGCUUCGUACGCUGGUUGCCUGCUGACGCGCCGCUUCGCCGCCGCCGCGUUUGCGAAGCACCGCCGGUCGAUGACGGCGCCGGACCUUAUCGACGCGAUCGGCGCGGUGUUUGAGGACUUCAGCCCCGCUUCUCCGGGCGAGCCAGGCUUCACGCCCUGUCAAUGAGUACGGUGCCACUUGUGGGGCAUGGAAAUACCAAUAUUUGCGCAAUUUGAUUGUCUUUCACUGUUUUGGGGGGAAUAGGAAAUUGCUCGGGGAAUAGG